UCGAUAUUUCAGUCAAGCACUUCGGCAGGAUGGCUUCGUUCAACAAAAUCCUGGUACUAAUUAUGAUCUCGCUCAUCCCGAAGAACGGAACGGAAGCUUUUGGGUGGGGUUGGUUCUGGCCUAGGCUAACAACCAGCACGACAACAUCCUCCACAUCGACAUCCGGAACGUCAUCCAUCCCUUCGGUGUAUAACAUUUCCAUUGGAAAUCGAGAGAACACAAACGCCGAACUAACCGACUACGGAACGAUGAUAAACAACCUGCAGAUCAACCUGGCGCGGUUUAACGGAACUGCUUUGAAGGGAGAGGCCACCGAUGAUCAGUUGAGUCUAGCGAUAUCGACCGUAUUGGAGAACUAUCGUAACCGUUCGGAAGCAGCGGUUGACAGUCGCCUGGCAUGGAUUGACGAAGUUAUGUUGGAUAUUGUAGAAUACGCUGAAGCAUUGCGCCGUGAUGACAACAACCGUUGGUUAAAGGACUUUGCCGAGAAUAUUCGAGGAAAGGUAGCCCAGCUUGAUGCAACCGUUCGUACCUGUCUGGAGCAGAAUAGAAUAGUUGAAGGUAUAAUUCAGGACGUGACUAACUACAGUACGACCGGAUGCCUAGAAGGCAGGCUCAAGGACUUGUUUGAACUUCGUGAAGCAGUUAAGAGCAAUUUGACAGAGUUUCUUGGCAACGUCGAAGACGUUGAAGAUCGAAUAGAGGCUUGCAUUGAUCCGGACUUCGAUGACGAAACGAACGAACUGUAUCAGGAAGCAUGCGUUUCAUCGAUUAUCCUGCAAGUCGAAAUGGAUUCACUCAAACUGGGAUAUACCGUCAGUAGUUUAACAGCCGCCGUUGAACCCACACUAGGACUAGCUAAAGCCGGUUUUCUGGAGUGUUUGGCUAACUUGGCAUCCUAUGCUUUUGAUGCUGCUCUGGAGUUACGUCAAAGAAUAAAUGAGUGCACAUCAUAGGAGGAGAUAAACUCCAAUAGAAAAAACCAAUCCUGCCAGAAAGAUAAAUGAUAUAUUAAAAGAAAAAUAUUGACAUUUGAUUCAUUUCAUAAUAUAUCAGGGAUCUGAUAUCAAAUUACAA